UGACCAUUCGCACUAGUGAAACAAUUUUUUGAGGAGAGACCAGUCAAUAUUUAAAGGCUUUCAUAUUCUUGAAUUUUUUUAAAUUUGUCAAGAAAGAACUGCUACCAUUUGAUUUCUUUUCUUUACUUUUGUUCCCAUACUUAGUUAUUCUAGAAGUCAUUUUCACCAUUUCCAAGGUUCUGUACUUUGAAGCAAAAAUGGUAGAUCCAACAACCUCCAACCAACUUCUGAAUAUGGGCAAGAGAGAAGACAGUGGGUCAUUGUUUCAUCGGCUCCUUCACACUUAGGGCAUGUUGAGCUCAUUGACUAGAUCCUGAGAUGGUGAAGAAAGGUUCCAGCGCCUCCUACCAAAAGGUUCAGGAUGCCAAGAGAAGGUCGCGGGAAAGGAUUGAUGCCGCAAGGGCUGCCGGCACUCUUCCACCUCAUCCUCCUCGUGAUCUGGGGACAUCUUCUCGUCCCAUUAUGGUAACUUCUGCUUCUGCCUCUUCUCUUCCUCCUCCCAUUCUUCAAGCCCGAGUUUCUCCUGAACCUGAGAAAAAGAAGCAUAAGACCUCGGGGUCUGGCUCUUCUUCUAGGAAUUUUGAUGGUCCCCAAUUCGUUCAGAAUCACAUCUUUCCCCAUACUCAAAUUAAUAUGGAUGAUGCUUUCGUUCAAAACCAUCUUAAUAUCCUGGUUCAGGGGAGUGUUUGGGCUACUGGGGUAUGUACAAAACUUCUUGAUAUUUUUUAGAAGACCCUCCUUAGCUCUUUGGGUUCUACCAAAAAAGUUGAAGUGUUAGAGGGGAGGAUUUUCCUUUAUCAAGAGGAAGAGAAGAGGCUCCAAGAGCAAGUUGCUGGGUUGAAGGAAGAGAGGUCCCGACUUUAGGAUCGGGAGAAGAAGUUGAUGGCUCAGUGUGCCAUGGCAGAGGGCCUUAAGGAGAAGGCAGAAAAGAAUUAUGUCCGAGUCUUUUCCGAGAACAUUGAUCUCCAACGGGAGCUGGAGAAAGGUCUGGAGGCUUAUCAAGAUUUGGAGGACUCUCUGGCAGAGAGCUCGGAGGAGGCCUGGAGAAUUUUCAAAGAGCAGGUCGGAGUUAUUGCUCCUGGCCUGGAUCAUUCCCCUCUUGAUCCUGAUAAGAUUGUUGUGGAUGGGACUAUUGUUUCUCCUCCCCGACCUGAGACGGAUUCUGAGCUAAAGACCCGUGGGCAAAGACUUAUGGAAUCUCCUCUUCGUGAGGAUCAACUGGAGGGAUCUCAGCCGACGUCUUUAGAUGUUCCGACCCCUGCUGCCGAAGAGACUGCUCCGUCCUCCCCUGCUGCUGAUCCGACCUCUCUUCCUACUGGUGACUAUUAAUUUUUUUUUCUUUUUCUAAUUGAUUUGAGCUAUUUGGGACCCGGCUUGUGGGCCCCUUGUUGAACAAUUUUAUUUGUUGUUUUUGUGGUGGUUUGUUAUUGACUUUUCUGGCCUUUUAUGGCCGUUAACAAAAAAGUUUAACUUGCCCUUUUUUGGAUAAGGGCUUUUAAGAAAUAUCCUGUGCGUGCAUGCUUUCUACAAUUUGCUAGGUUUUUAUUAAGAAACCUCUUUUGAUCUUUUUGCUUUUUGAAAACACCUUUUAUCUUGGCAGGCUGUGCUUUAUCUAAGUUACUUGAUUUUUCAAAGACUUGAGACAGCUUCUG